AUGGACAUAAAUGUGAAACAAUACGAUGUAUCUGAGAAAGAAAGUAGUAGCGCGGAUAGGACUUUCCAAGCCUUCAACACACACGAUAAUAAAUCUGAGUUUUCUAGCUCUUUGUCACUAAUUGAGUAUGAGUUAAAGCACAACGCUGUUCCCUAUGUAGAGCACGCCAUAGCAAAACUAUUGAUUAAACUAGAAGAAAACGGCAAAAAGAUAGUCCGAGACAGAACAGAGUGGUCUGAAGAUCAGAAAGCGCUCAUAGAGUUCAGAAAAAGAGAGAUUCCAAUAAAAAGGUUUAUAAAGCAGACAGGUGAUGAGCCUGUGUUCAGCGGGCUGAUGCCUAUAGAAGUUCUUAGCAAAACACAAGGGCACUGUGUGCGCGAAUGGAGAGAGAGAGUAGAAUUGCAGCUGGCAAUCUUUGGAAUAAAUCACAAAAUAACAGAGCUUUUAGGAUUUUUAGUGCCGGAGGAAGUGCGCGAGCUGUGCAAGAAACACACAGAGAGCGAUGCACUGCUCGAUGCCAUCUGCGAGCACUACGAAAAUAAACAAAAUAGAUACAUUCCCCCUCUGCCUAAACAGGGAGGCUUUAUUUUUAUACGGUGCUACUACGAAGCAGUCAAGAAAUAUUUCUACAGUAUAUUGAGAAAAAAUAAAGAAUCCGUACCAGGCAAAGAAAAAGACCUCCAAAAGAUUUUUAUUGCAGGACUAUCCUACAGAACAAAAGCACGAUAUUUCCUAGAAGAGGAAGAAGACCUAGAAACUCCUUUGCAGAAGAUGGAGAACCUAGAAAGAGUCAUUUUGGAGGAGUUGCAAAAACAGGUCAUGAGAAAGCAAGGCCACAAGAAGACUCACAGCUCAGAAAUAAGCGCAUCCAGCACCUACAGCUCGCAGCAGAUAUGGUGCAGCUUCCACAACAGGUUUGGAGGGCACAAUGACUCGCAGUGCAUACGCAAAGCACAGACAGAAAAUCAAGAAAUGAGCCAGGAGAGAAGAGCAUGGAGCACAUCUGUCUCCAAGAAGCUGUGGUGCAGCUUUCACAAACGGUUUGGAGGACACGAGAGCUCAGAGUGCAUACAAAAAGAAAAGCUAGAAAGCCAAGAAAUACGGCAAGAGUCAUCUGAGUCUCUUCCAAAGCUACUCGCUAUAGAGAGCAAUAGAGAAGUGGAUUUUCUACUAGAAAAUGAUGAAGGCAUGGCUCACAGCAAAAUAGAAAUGAUAAAAUACAAAGAAAGACACGUAUCAAUACAGAAAUACCCAGAUACAAGCCUCGAUAUUGAAGAAGUGUGUGGAGACAAAAAGACUCAAAGAGAGCAGACAGCAUUGGGGGAAUCUGCUCCUCCAAUUUACACAGAUUAG